GAGAGGUUAGUGAGGGAAGCAAGCGUGGGGAGAGGGAGGGUGAGGAGAGCUGAUAUCGUCACAGGACCUGGCAGUGCGCAGGCUCUGAAUGAGCUGGGUUGGCUGCCUAUUGAUUGGAAAACAACGGGCUGUAGGAGGACAGAUAAGGGUGUCUGUGGGCUAACGGGUGAGGGUAGGGAUACAGACCAAAGCUCACACUACACUUCACCUCCCUGAAUUCUCCUCUCGCUCUGUUUUUUCACCCUGGAAUGAAUGCGACUGCCGCUGCUCAUCUCUGGGUUUUGCUGUGAAGGGAGGUGCCUGUUCUUCUUCUCUGAGAAGAUCCUGCCUACACACCACGCCAGGACAAAAACGGCUCCUCUAACCACAGGACUCAGACAUUAACUUGAUAGGGGACACUAUGGAAGCCCCUCUUGUGUGCUUAGAUGAGGAGUUUGAGGACCUCCGGCCCUGUAGGAUGGAUGAGAUGGACCAAAGCCUCAUCAAUGACUCCUACUCCACCACCACCACCGUCCCCCUGGCCUCCAUCACCCGUGAGGAGUUCUCUGAACUGGAAAACUUCUCUGAGAUGAUGAGCUUCAAGUCAAUGGAGGACCUGGUAAAUGAGUUUGACGAGAAGCUCAAUGUGUGCUUCCACAAUUACAACACCAAGACGGAGGGCCUGGCGCCCAUACGCAACCAGUCACACAAUCAGGAGGACGAGGAGCGACUGCAAGAUGAAGAGUAA